AUGAAGCAGACCCAUCACUGUCUUCCCCUGAAGCUGCUGCUGCUGCUUCUACUCAUCACCUCUUCCAAUUUCCCAUCUCAGCCCAAUUCUGCAUCAGGCAGCAACUUCACAGACCGACUGGCGUUACUCGAAUUCAAGAAAGCAAUAACAGAGGACCCAGAUGGCGGUCUCAAUUCAUGGAACGACUCCUCCCAUUUCUGCAACUGGGUCGGCAUCACUUGCAGCCAAAAACAGAGGGUCACUUCUCUGUCACUGCCAGGGUACAACUUCCAAGGCACCCUGUCUCCCCACAUUGGCAACCUCAGCUUCCUCGAAUCCCUCGAGCUCGCCAACAACAGCUUCCGCGGCACGAUCCCUCAGCAAUUCGUCAAUCUCCUCCGCCUCCGAACCCUGAACCUCACCAGCAGUUUGCUGGAAGGCGGCGAGAUUCCAGUCAACCUGACCCGUUGCUCCCAGCUCGGGGAGCUCCGGCUGAGCGGCAACGGCCUGACCGGAACGAUCCCGAGAGCGAUCGGGCUCCUGUCGAACCUCGAGGUGAUCAGGAUCGUGAGGAACGAUCUAACCGGUCCGAUCCCGGCUUCGUUAGGGAACCUGACGAAGCUUUACACCUUCGCUGCUGCUUAUAACAAUCUGAUUGGACCGAUUCCUGAAACCGUGGGUCGGCUCUCCAGGUUGAGCAAUUUCGUUGUGGGAGUGAACAAUCUCAACGGCACAAUCCCUCCGUCUCUCUACAACUUGUCAUCUAUAACCAUUUUAACACUGAUGUACAACCAGUUUCAAGGCAGAAUACCAGAGGACAUUGGGUUCACUCUGCCCAAUCUCCGUAGUUAUGGUAUCUCGUUGAACUGGAUGUCUGGCCCCAUUCCUUCAUCCCUGUGCAACGCUUCUCGGCUCUUUGAUCUCGACAUGAACAAGAACAGCUUCUCGGGCAGCGUCCCGGUCUGUUUCGGGAGCCUUCCAGAGCUCCUGUACCUCCACAUGGGAACCAAUAACCUUGGGACCAAUUCGUCCGACGACUUCGAGUUCGUGACAGGGUUGACCAACUGUAGCCAAUUGCAGGAAUUGGGUGUUGGUUUGAACAAUCUAGGUGGUUCAUUCCCGGACUUUGUGGGCAAUUUGUCGAUUCAGCUCGUUCUAUUGCUUAUCUCGGACAAUUGGAUCACAGGAAGCAUUCCUUCAGGGCUGGAGAAUUUGGUCAACUUGAAUAUGGUGGACCUAUCUCUUAACCUUUUCACAGGACGAAUUCCUUCUUACUUUGGCAAUUUUUCGAAUUUACAGGGUUUACAGUUGCAAGGGAAUCGAUUUUCGGGUCGGAUUCCAUCGUCGUUGGGAAACCUGACCCAAUUGAAUCGAGUCGACAUUUCUAGUAACCAGCUAGAAGGCGCCAUCCCUCCAAGCCUCGGACGUUGCCGUCAGUUGGGCCAGCUAGAUCUCUCUGCCAACAAGCUUACUGGUGAGAUACCCACCAACAUUUUCAAGCUUUCUUCCCUGUCAGAUGGACUCAACCUGUCACGGAACUCGUUCACCGGUCGGGUCCCGGAAGAAAUCGGAAAUCUGAUAAAUGUGGAAGCUUUGGAUUUGUCUUACAAUUUUCUGACAGGGGGAAUUCCUGGAACCAUUGGUGAUUGCAAGAGCCUUAAAGCUCUGCACAUGCAGAGCAACUCUUUCAAUGACAGCAUUCCUCUCGAGUUAGCUUCGCUACGAAUUAUGGAAAGUUUGGAUCUUUCCUCGAACAAUUUCACCGGAGGAAUACCUUCAGGUUUGCAAGACAUUCAGACUUUGCAGUAUUUGAAUCUUUCCUUCAACGAUCUACGAGGUGAGGUCCCGACGAAAGGGAUCUUCGCAAAUGCGAGUGGCGUAUCUCUAAUGGGGAAUCCCCUGCUCUGUGGUAAUGUCUCGGAGCUCCAUUUGCAAGAUUGCACUGGCAUAGCAAAACCUUCCAAGCAUAAAAGAGUUGUCACUGUAAAGCGAUCACUUGUAAUUGUCUUCGCAUCAGUGGCUUUCCUUUUCGUAUCAGGAUUACUGAUUCAUUUAAAGAUCAAGAGAUCAAAGAAGCAAACUUUUGAUGGAGAUUCCGCUUUGAACCACUUUGUAAUGGUUUCUUACAAAGAUCUCCAUCAAGGAACCAAUGGGUUCUCCUCAGGCAACUUGAUCGGAUCCGGUGGCUUUGGCACCAUCUACAAAGGAACAUUGGAACAAAUCAAGACUCCGGUAGCUGUUAAAGUACUCAACAAUCUUCAGGACAGGAAAGCUCACAAGAGCUUUUCGGCAGAGUGCAAUGCCCUGAAAAAUGUCCGGCACAGGAAUCUGGUCAGGAUCCUAACCUACUGCUCUAGCUUGGAUUACAAGGGAGACGAAUUCAAGGCUCUGGUUUUUGAAUUCAUGCCCAAUGGGACCCUAGAAGAGUGGCUUCACACCACCGAUCGCAACCUGAGCUUGAUGCAGAGGCUCGAUAUCGCGGUAGAUGUGGCAUCCGGACUAUACUACCUUCACGAUCUCUGCGAGACCUCGAUCGUCCAUUGCGAUUUGAAGCCCAGCAAUGUACUCCUCGAUUCCGACAUGGCCGCUCGUGUGGGUGAUUUCGGUCUGGCGAGGAUACUGUCUAGCGAUAGUAACUCGAAAAUCAAAAGUAGCACGAUUGGAAUCAAAGGAACAAUUGGUUAUGCACCUCCAGAGUACGGAAUGGGAAAGGCGGUGUGGAAAGAAGGAGACGUGUACAGUUUUGGGAUACUUCUGCUAGAGAUGUUCACUGGGAGAAGACCCACUGAUGAGAUGUUCAAAGAAGGCGUGAAUCUUUGUGACUUUGUAAAGGCAGCGAUUCCAGAUAGAAUUUUAACAGUAUUGGAUCCUUUGAUGCCCAUCCCAGUAGUAAUAAGCAGAGGCGAGAGAGUGAUAGGAAGUUGGCCGGCAGAAGCUGCCGAUGGAAAUGGCGUCGAAGUUAAGGAGAUGGCCUUGAUGGAAAGUGCGACGAACUGUUUGGUUUCGGUCCUUGAAAUCGCUUUGAGUUGCAGUAGUGAGCUGCCGAGAGAACGUACGAAAAUGGCAGAGGUAGCUAAAAAGCUUACUUCUGUUCGAGAUGAUUUUGCAGCUUCGUUCCAUGUUCCACCAAAUCGAGGGUGA